GAUGGCAAUCAGGGAGAAGUCUCUGCAUCUGUUAGCAGUGCAGAAACUCCCAUGUCAACUUCAAAUGGCAGUCUUCUAAAUAAGAAUGCUACAGAUGUCCUUGAAGAUCACCCUGCUUCACAGUUACCUGCCAAAGAAAUUGAUGUUGUCAGUGAAGAUCAUCUAAAUGAUUCUGGCCAAAAUAUCAAAUUUGACAACGCAGAUGUAUCUUCAAAGAUUGUCCAAGAGAGAUCAGAAUCUGCAACUAUUGAUUCUCCUGUUAAGUGUGAAGCUGAGAUAAGGGAUGCAGGUGUUAAAGUUGAAUCUCAAGUCAGUCAAAAGAAUGAGGAUAAAGUCAACACUCAGCCAGUUAGAGUACAGGACCAACUUGAUGAGGCUCAAGGACUGCUUAAAACCACGAAUUCCACUGGUCAGUCAAAGGAGGCAAGGCUAGCUCGAGUUUGCGCUGGACUUUCAUCCCGUCUUCAAGAAUACAAAUCUGAGAAUGCACAGAUGGAGGAAAUUCUUGUUGCAGAGAGUCAGCUCACUAAAUCAUACAAGGCUCGCAUACAGCAGUUACAGCAAGAUUUAUCCUCAUCAAAAGGUGAAGUGACAAGGGUGAAUAUGGAGUCUAUCAUGAGAAACAGAGAAUUAACAGAGACAAGGAUGAUGCAGGCUUUGAGGGAAGAGUUGGCUUUUGCUGAAAGGAGAGCAGAAGAAGAACGUGCAGCACAUAAUGCUACGAAAAUGGCAGCCAUCGAAAGGGAAGUGGAAUCGGAGCAUGGGGCCAUUGAUGCAGCCACAGCCCUUGCUAGGAUUCAGAGAGUGGCAGAUGAGAGGACAGCAAAAGCAGCAGAGCUAGAGCAAAAGGUGGCACUGCUUGAGGUUGAAUGUGCAACAUUAAAUCAAGAAUUGCAAGAUAUGGAAGCUCGUUCUCGCCGUGGACAAAAGAAGUCCCCAGAAGAAGCAACUCAGAUGAUUCAGGCAGAAGUGCAGAAGAUGAGGGUUGAAAUGGCUUCCAUGAAAAGAGAAGCCGAGCAUUAUUCAUGUCAGAACCUGGUUUCCCUGAGAACUCAUUUAGGCUAUGAAAACUUCUGUUGUGGGGCAGCUUAUUAUUAUGGAAACAUUGCUGAAAAGUUGUCUUUAAAAUAUCUGCUGGAACCUCAGAACCACAUUUUCCUGACAAGUCUUCAAGUCUAUGAUAACUUGUGUUGUACAGCUGCGCCAUUACAAGCACAGCCCAGAAAGGAGCAUAUGGAGCUUGAGAAAUGUUACCGUGAACUAACCGAUCUGUUGUACUACAAGCAAACUCAGUUAGAAACUAUGGCUAGUGAAAAAGCUGCAGCAGAGUUUCAGUUGGAGAAGGAAAUAAAGCGUCUUCAGGAAGCACAUAUUGAGGCAGAAAGAAGUAGGGUUUCUCGUCAAGUGUCAUCUUCCUGGGAAGAAGACACUGAAAUGAAGGCACUUGAGCCCCUUCCUUUGUAUCAUCGUCACAUGGCUGCAGCAAGCAUACAGUUACAAAAGGCAGCAAAAUUAUUGGACUCGGGGCGUGUCCGGGCCAUAAGAUUUCUUUGGAGAUAUCCAACAGCUCGAGUCAUCCUGCUUUUCCAUCUCGUAUUUGUAACUCUCUUCUUGAUGUAUUUGAUGCAUCGCCUUGAGGCAAACAACCGAAGUCAUGGUGCCAAGGAGGCUCACAAAAUGCUUGAUUCCAUCUGCAGUUAUUCGGGGAAACUGUUAAUACUAGAGAAGCUGCUGCAGUUUGGGAAAAUGCAAGCCCGAUUCAUAUCGCGCUAGCAGCUCUUGACAGUCAUAUACCAUCUAAGAUGUGUUUUUGUGAUGAAUUUGAUAUUCUUUUUUGAUACAGAAAUGUUAUAUAAAAAAUUUGGAACGUU